AUGAAUUGCGACCGCUUGUCUCGACGGGUGCGAUGGCUGCUCUCGGCGCUGCUCGUGGCGGCGCUGGGGCCGGCGCCGGCAUGGUCCGCUGGUAACACGACCAUGGAACUCGACCUCAUCUCUCCCGUCGCGGGCAGCCGGUACCGCGUCAACCCAGACACGGGCCUAGCCGUCAUCAUCGCGGUGCAGAACAAAGCUGUCGGGGACCCGCACAAAUGGAGGUUCGACUGGACGGUCAGCUCGACAACCUGGACGUCCUCGGGGCUAUUGGUGUUCGCGGACACCGGCAGCAUCGGCACGCCGCAGAGCUUCUACCAGCCAGCGGUCACGGUCCAGGACGGCGACCCGUUCAUUGGGCUGUCGCUGACCUUUGUGCCCAGCACCGGCAAGCCCCUGAAGCCCAUGCCGCCGGGCGACUACGUGUUCGCGUGGACGUUCAGCAUCGGGCCGUGGUGCGAGUUCGAAGACCGGUCGCGGACGUACUCCAUCUCCUGGCCCAUCAACAACGGCUCCUUCCAGAUCACCGUCGCCGACGACGCGCCGUGGCCCGACCUCCAGCCGGCCAAUACCUGCGCCUCGGCGGCCGGCCAGGUCAGCUUCGGCGCCACGACCCAGUACGCCGCGACGAACCAGGCCACGCCCACAACGCUGGCGUGCGUCGAGACGGACGCCGUCACCGAGAAGCCCGACCCGUGCCGGGCUACCGUGGGGAACGCGGCCGCGGCCAACAUCUCGAGCAUCAUGACGUGGUCUGGCGGGGACUCGGCGGGGUCAGCGACGACUCCGGGGACAACAUUGGCGCCACCGUCGGGGAGUGCUGCCGGCGCAGGGGUGGCAGCGACGACGCGUCCGAGUUCGGGAGUGCGCUUGCCAUCCAGCUCCGGCCUAGUGGGCUUUUUUGCUGUGUUGUUACUUCUAAUUUGA